CAACUGCCUGUACCAUUAGUUGUCAGACAAGCUCCAGUAGAAUAAAAUAAAAGGGUGAGAGAAACACAGAGGAGGCGGGGUUACAAAGCAGAUGGGACAGGAGAUGAGAAAGCGUGAGAUGUCGCUUGCAGGCUCGUCAUUGGCCGAACAGAAACCCCCACGUGUGGAGAAAAUAUCACCAGGGAAACUUACUCUCGCUGCCUUGGUGUGUUUUUUUUCUCCAUGGCAGGGGUUAUUUUUAAAUAGCCUCCCGCACAGACUAAAGACGCAUCAAGCGAGAAACCACCUAGUUAUGUUCUCCUCUUCUCCUCUCCUGCAGUCACAUUGCAAGCUCCUUGCAAAAAUGGGCGACGAACGACCUUUUGUGUGCCACGCUCCUGGCUGUGGACAGAGAUUUACUAAUGAGGAUCACUUGGCUGUACACAAACACAAGCAUGAGAUGACAUUAAAGUUUGCGCCCAGGACAGACUCUGUCAUUAUUGCAGACCAGACCCCCACUCCUACUCGCUUUCUAAAGAACUGUGAGGAGGUCGGUCUGUUCAAUGAUCUGGCCAACUCCUUCGAACAAGAUGACGAUGACAACAAGCGAGUGAAGAACUCUCUCCCUGCACCCCCUUCAGUGGCUUUGGACAUGAGCUUGCAGACACCAUCAGAUGUUAAGGUUAAAGAGGAGGCACCUGUUGAAGUUGACUCCUCGCCACCAGACAGUCCUGACUCAAUCUCUGCAUCACAAGACAGCAGAAGUGAGACCUUCAAGGGGAAGGACAUGCCGCCAAGGAGCUCUGCCCCGACACCCACAAUCGUACGUCCAGGUUCCCUUCCCCUGCACUUGGGCUUUGAUGGCCUUCAGCCCACCAUGCCAUCGCCCACCUCUGUUAUCACACAGGCACCACCUUCUAAUCGCACUUUGGGUUCACCAACAAGCCACUACUCCAUGAUGAUGCUCCCCUCGGGUCAGGCGGUACCUGUCCUCCCUGGUCCAGUUCAGAUGCCAUCCGUCAUCAAUCUUGCCCGACCCAUGUGCAUGGUACCAAACAUUCCCGGAAUCCCUGGUCCUCCUCUCGGAAGCAGCAGCAGUGGUUCAAACUCCCCUUCUGGCUACAGCAUCCACUCCGAAGCCAAGAUGCGUCUGAAGGCAUCGCUAUCCCAGCAGAGCCCAUCAGGACACAACCUAAGCAUGAUGGCCAUGGGUAACAGUCCCAUGGUGCCUCAGAGAGCGGAACAGAGCCAGUUGCUUGUCCAACAACCAGACGCUCAAUCCCCUUCACAGCCUCAGGUAUCUCCAGCACAGCCCACGGGUGGGCGUCGACGACGUACGGCGGAAGAUGACCCAGACGAGCGAAGACAGCGCUUCCUGGAGAGGAAUCGGGCGGCAGCAUCACGCUGCAGGCAAAAACGCAAACUGUGGGUCAACUCGCUAGAGAAAAAGGCAGAGGAACUCAGCAGCAUGAACAUCUCGCUUUCGAACGAGGUGUCUCUGUUGAGAAACGAGGUGGCUCAUUUGAAGCAGCUGCUGCUGGCGCACAAGGACUGUCCUGUUACCACCCUGCAGAAGAAAUCCUCUUACCUGGUCGCUGUCGACGACAACAUCAAAGAUACCCCCGAGUCGACGGGUUCCCCGGCACCAGUGAUCCAACACAGCGCAUUGGCGCCCAGCCCCACCACCAAUCACAACGGCCUAAGUUCGAGAGCGGCGGCAGAGGCCAUGGCCAUGUCCGUGCUGGCCGGAUUGGGACACCAGCAGAGCGUUGAGAGCGGAGCCUCUCACAUUAUCAUGGCCGCUCAUUCGCAUUCUGCUGCCAGAUGAUGAGCGAUGUAACCAUGCAAAGACACCUUUCAUUUUUCGUUCGAGGGAAGAAUAUCUGCCUCUUCUCAGCCCCUUCAAUUCCCACCACACUGUGGCCUGGAGCUCAGUAGCAACAGCCUUCUGGAAAUGGACUGAAACUUUGGAGAGUGCUUCCUGUUCACUUUACCAUAGAUGACAGGGGCUGGACUCCCCGUUUUGCGCAAUGUUGUGUGUCCACGCCCUCACUCAAUGUUUGAUGUGUACAACUCUGACAUAACAUGGCAGAAAACAACACGGAGGCCUUUUCAGCUGGAUUUACACAGCACGUCUAAGUGCCCAGGAAGGUGGGUUGUGGCUGGAUGGGACUCCCACUUUGGCAGAGCUGCUAUCACCCAACCUUUUGGGAACAAAGGACUUUGAUAUGGACCUUUUGUGGCUGGUAUGGUGCACUUGAGUCCAUGUCUUCAGGAUGUUUGAUGAGAAGGACACUAAGUGAAGUUGUCGUCCAUUGUGGUGACAUUUCGCAGUCGUCUAUAUCAUAUUUUUAGACGCAUCUUCCGGUUCACCCAAAUCCGAUACGAUAUCACAGCGGUUUCAUUUACUGAACACCUAAAACAGCCCCUAUGCACACCCAUCUCAAGCUGCACACAAACAACUAAAUGAUAUAAUAUUCAAUGCGAACCACUCCACAGAAACCAGACACUUGGGAGAAAAAAAAUGUAAAAUGAGAUGUUUGACUGUUCUUUUUGUGCUUUUGAUGAGCUUCUCAAAACUUUAAAUUUAUUGAAAGGGGAUCAUAUCUCAUUUUAUCUCUACAAGAAGCAUCUGGUUUUGUGGGAAAGGCUCACAGUUGUUUAGUUCGCUUGGAUGAACCCUUUGCACCCUCCAGUUUUAAUGGAACUAACCCUGUUAUUAUAUGCUCUAUGCUCUAUGAAGCAACUCUAAAGUAUUCACAUAAUCUAUUCUUUCCCUUCCUUUUGGAUCUGCAUGUGCACUACAUUAUGAGGCCCUGACUACAUGAUUUUUAAAUAUUUAAUUUAUUCUCAUCAAUUUGGCAUUUUAGUGGCCUGUAAAAAAUAAUUUUGUUUUUAAAACGUACCGCAGUUUAAAUAUCUAAAAAUGCUGCACCUUGCAUUUUUGUGUGUAUAUCACACAAUGUUCGCACCAGAGUUCUUGCGUGAUUAAUCCCAAAUCAGGCCUGCACAAUACAGUGGCACCUCGACAUACGAUUGCUUCGACACACAAUCUUUUCGACAUCUAAAAUUUGACUCGCCGUUUGUUUCUGCCUCCGACGACAUGCUCGAAAUAACGACGAUUUAUGACAGCGCCGCAGUUUCCUCGUUUUCCUGUAAGACGGACGCAUGGCGGAUUUUCUUGUGAGAGAAAUCAACAUGGGUUCCAAGAAUGUUAGUGCAGGUGGUGAAAAAGGGAAAAGGUGAUGCUUACCAUUGAAAUGAAGAUGGAAAUGAUAGAAAAAUACGAGUGUGGUGUGCGCGUCCGUGAACUGGCCCUGACAAUACGGCCGUAGAAUGACUACGAUCUCAACGGUUCUCCUCCGACCUCCGCUCACUAGUCUUUGUAAGUUAAGGUGACAAAUUUUGUUAUUGUAACGUCGCCAAAGAAAUCGCCAGCUUCAGCAGGGUUUUAAUAAUUUAUUUCAGAACUUAUGCAACACAGCACCCCUACUGUCCGCUGCAGUUGAUGCCAACAACAUUAAAAGAGAAAAUAAAAUCUCUACCGCUCACUGUCACGUCAGCCACGCGGUGCCCUCCAGUACAGCACACAAAACAUAUCCGCCACAUUAAAACCUGAUUCGUUACGUUAUUACAGGUAUUAUUAUUAUUACUGUUAUUAUAUUAUUCCGAUUUAUAUUUAUAAUGUAUUUUUUUUGCUCUGUGUAAUUGCUAUUUGCAAUAGUACCAGCAGUAUUUAUUAAGGAUUUAGUGUGGGAUUUCGGGGCUGUGGAACGGAUUAUUGGAAUUAUAAUGUAUUUUUAUGGGAAAAUCCUGCUCAACAUACGACCAUUUCGACUUACAAACAAGGUCCUGGAACAAAUGAACUUAGGAUGUGGAGGUACCACUGUAUAUCGUUUUAACAUUGCCAUCACGAUGUGCGCAUGCGCAACAGUGUCAUCGCAGGACGUGCAAUUGUUUUUUGUUUAUUAUUUUCUAACGUAAACUGUUGUUUUUCUUCAUAAAGGCAGCAAGUGUGCAGAGACAUGGGCUCCUGGAUCUGUUUUAUAUACUGCAAUCUUCAUCAUUCACAGAUGAACUCCCUUAGCCUGGAUUAAAUGGUAUUAUAUGAAUACAAUGUGAGUCAUUGUGAGUUAACCAAAGUAUUCCCAAACAGAGCUAUUCAAGUCAUCUGGGGAAAAUUCUUCUAGUUUUUAUUUUGCAUAUUAUCAAAAACCCCAAAAAAGUCGCAGUGUCAUUUUUUUCCAGUAUCGUUCAGCCCUAGCCCAUAUUGACGUCUGUGUGACAUCAACAUUGGCAUAUAUCAUGACAUUGCUAUUACUGAUAAAUACUUGGGGAUGCUAUUCCUGUAAGUAAUAGGUGUAGAUGACUAACAUGCCACAUUUAAUGCUUGUCAAAUAUUUUCUGUCAUGCACCCCACGAACAAAAGCUUUUCCGAUCAGACUGAGGUUAAAAUGACGAUGAAAGCUUGGUGUAGAUCAGUGCUUCUCAGUUACUUUCGGUUACGCCCCCCCCAGGAAGAAAACAUUUUGCAACCCCUCCCCCCCACCACUAUACACAGCAUGAUUUUUUUUAUUUAAUAAAAUUGUCUUUAGUACACCUCUGCAUAACGCUAUCCUUACCAUGCUACGUUCACACCAAAGUUAAAUCGGCACGCAAAAACGCAUUGUUCGCGCUAUCCCCAUUGCCAAAAGCAGCAAAGUGUGUACAGACCUUACGACGCCAAAAGUCCAAGUCCAUGAAACUUCCAGUUCACGUAACAAAAAUAAGUAAUACAAUGACUUUGAUCUUGUAAUCUCGUCAUCGCUCAAUCUGUCGCAGAAAGAUCAACCAAGUCAUCUUCAUCGUGUGGUGGGACCUAUUCGGUCAAAAUGGCGGCAUCGCGCCACACUAGAGGCACACCGCUGGUCGCCAGGCCGCCAUGGCCCUUCCAUGCGUGACUACAGUGACUUGGUACGGUAAUGCAUUGCGCGACUAGAACAAAACGCGCUCGGUGUGAAUGUAGCAUUAAGGAAAAAAAGAAAUAAAGGACAAUUUACAAUGAAGAAUGACUAGAAAAAGUUGAUCAUUAAUAACAGAAAAUAUUUUAUGUGCUUCAUUUUUCCCGAAAUGAAGAAAAACAUUUUUUAACUACAUAACACUUGGUCAUAUUUCCUCUCUUUUGUGUCCGGGUGACUUUCUUUUGUCUCAUGAGCUCUGUCUCUUGCUGCCUUUUCAUUUGAGUGCAAAAUGUUGUCAUUUGAGGGUUUGUAUACUCUCUUCAUAUUUAUUUGCUUUGUGCAACAAAAGCGUAGCAAAAACAAGCGCCAAGGCCACAUACUGUAGUGGAUGGGCAAUUACACUUAAUACUAGUAGAGACAAAAAGAAAAAAACAUGCUCCCUAAGGUCACAUAUGCAACCCUCCCAACAUCAGUCCUCACUCUCAGGGGCUCACGGCCCACUGUUUCAGAAGCACUGGUAGCACUGUAGAUCCACCUAACAGGUCUUUACUAAGUCCUGACCUUAACCCAAUAGAACACAUUUGGGACUAAUUAAAACAAAAAAAAGGAGCUGCAAGGCUUGUCAUCCAAGUCCCGAGUUUGACCUCACAAAUCCGCUUCCCAACAAAUUUCAACUUAAGUUCCUAUAACCAAAUUUCUAAGCCAUGUGAAAAGCCUUCCUAGAAGGGUUAAAGCUGUUCUAUCUACAGAAGGGGGAAAAAACUCAUUUUAAACCUUAUAGAUUAUGAAUGAGACUUAACUUAAAUGAUAGGACAAUUAAUAUGGCGAUAUGAGAACAACUCCUGCCUUACAGCGCCACUUCAGGCUUGUCAUAUACAGUGGGGCAAAUAAGUAUUUAGUCAACCACUAAUUGUGCAAGUUCUCCCACUUGAAAAUAUUAGAGAGGCCUGUAAAUGUCAACAUGGAUAAACCUCAACCAUGAAACACAAUGUGGAAAGAAAAAACUGAAAAUCACAUUGUUUGAUUUUUAAAGAAUUUAUUUGCAAAUCAUGGUGGAAAAUAAGUAUUUGGUCAAGACCAAAAGUUCAUCUCAAUACUUUGUUAUGUACCCUUUGCUGGCAAUAACGGCGGCCAAACAUUUUCUGUAACUCUUCACAAGCUUUUCACACACUGUUGCUGUUAUUUUGUCCCAUUACUCCAUGCAGAUCUCCUCUAGAGCAGUGAUGUUUUGGGGCUGUCGUUGGGCAACACGGACUUUCAACUCCCUCCACAGAUUUUCUAUAGGGUUGAGAUCUGGAGACUGGCUAGGCCACUCCAGGACCUUGAAAUGCUUCUUACGAAGCCACUCCUUUGUUGCCCUGGCUGUGUGUUUGGGAUCAUUGUCAUGCUGAAAGACCCAGCCACGUCUCAUCUUCAGUGCCCUUGCUGAUGGAAGGAGAUUUUCACUCAAAAUCUCUCGAUACAUGGCCCCUUUCAUUCUUUCCUUUACACAGAUCAGUUGUCCUGGUCCCUUUACAGAAAAACAGCCCCAAAGCAUGAUGUUUCCACCCCCAUGCUUUACAGUGGGUAUGAUGUUCUUCGGAUGCAAUUCAGUAUUCUUUCUCCUCCAAACAUGAGAACCUGUGUUUCUACCAAAAAGUUCUAUUUUGGUUUCAUCUGACCAUAACACAUUCUCCCAGUCCUGUUCUGGAUCAUCCAAAUGCCCUCUAGCGAACCGCAGACGUGCCUGGACGUGUACUUUCUUCAGCAGGGGGACACGUGUCAGACCGGCCUGGACUUGUACUUUCUUCUGCAGGGGGACACAUCUGGCAGUGCAGGAUUUGAGUCCCUGGCGGCGCAUUGUGUUAUUGUUAGUAGCCUUUGUUACUUUGGUCCCAGCUCUCUGUAGGUCAUUCACUAGGUCCCCCCGUGUGGUUCUGGAAUUUUUGCUUACCGUUCUUGUUAUCAUUUUGACGCCACGGGGUGAGAUCUUGCAUGUAGCCCCAGAUCGAGGGAGAUUAUCAGUGGUCUUGUAUGUCUUCCAUUUUCUAAUAAUUGCUCCCACAGUUGAUUUCUUUACACCAAGCGUUUUACCUAUUGCAUAUUCAGUCUUCCCAGCCUGGUGCAGGUCUACAAUUUUGUCUCUGGUGUCCUUCGACAGCUCUUUGGUCUUGGCCAUAGUGGAGUUUGCAGUGUGACUGACCGAGGUUGUGGACAGGUGUCUGUUAUACCGAUAAUGAGUUAAAACAGGUGCCAUUAAUGCAGGUAACGAGUGGAGCCUCGUUAGACUUUGUUAGAAGUUAGACUUCUUUGACAGCCAGAAAUCUUGCUUGUUUGUAGGUGACCAAAUGCUUAUUUUCCACUCUAAUUUGAAAAUAAAUUCUUUAAAAAUCAAACAAUGUGAUUUUGUUUUUUUCUCCACAUUAUGUCUCUCAUGGUUGAGGUUUACCCAUGUUGACAAUUACAGGUCUCUCUAAUCUUUUCAAGUAGGAGAACUUGCACAAUUGUUGGUUGACUAAAUACUUAUUUGCCCCACUGUACAUUACAACACUUGCAUCAUGUGGAUCGACAACAUUCUUUGGAACGAUUCAGUGUUUACGAGAAACGUUUCAUAAACACCUGCAGCUAUGUUUCCGUGUAGACCGGGCCACAGAUAUGGGUUUCGUAAGUCAAUCAAACUGGAUACCGACAUGCCUCGAGCUAAUGUUAUGUACAGUAUCCCAGCUGUGCCUUAAUAUUGCAGUUCAUAUAUCCAAAAGGCUGGAUUGGGACUUCCACAUUUUCUUGCUUUUCUUCACACCCAAUUAUGUCCAAAAUUGGAAUUGUGACUUGAUGUAUGCGGUGUAAAUCCAGCUUUUUAAUUUUUUUUUUUUUAUACAGAAAGAGUGCCUCUAAUAUUUAGCCUUCCAACCACAUGCACACAAAACCUGCCCCAUGGCUCGUAAUUGGAAUACACCCAAAUAUUUUGAAAAGUGCUUCCAACAUGCAGUGACAUCAAUUUCAAAUUCAUACCUCAUGUUAUACCCUUUUACGAGACAUAAACUGUCAACGGUAUUAUAAACUGUCUUACAAACUGUCAAUGGUUGUAUGUAUAUGCCAACAGAGCGCUUUGCUUAUACCUCUAUUUGAUCGCUAAAUGUUUCCUUCUAUCUAGGCUUACUUUUAUGUGCGGCUAUAUACAGUGUAUAUAUAUAAAACUGGCACGUUCUCCAAGAUGAGUACAACACCGUGAUUGAAAUAUUUAAAGAAGUUUCGAGUUAGCAAUGUAGUUUUUUCUCCUGAAGGGAAUCUUCUUGCAUCUUGCUAACACUUCUGUAUCAACGUGUGUGACUUGUGACUAACGUUGCACUGUAACUCAGGACAGUUGCACAUUUUUGCUGCUCGGACAAAUGGGAUGCAUCCCACACGCUCAUCACCCCGAAAAAAUAUAAAAUCCAAAGCCAUAUAUCUUAUGACCACAACCAGGAAAAAAAAAAAAACCCACCUUUAUACGAAUGUUUUUCUAUUUGUUGACAUGAUGUCACCGCUUGAUAUUGCACUUGAAGUGUCUAAUCAGUUGGCCUUAAAAUCAUCUGUGCUUCCUCAUAUCCAUUAUAAACAUUAUUUUCUGGAAAGAAAAUGUACUGAACAAGCAUCCAAAGAUUGCAAAUAAAUAAUCGUAUUAUACACCAUCAUCUUUUCUAUUAUGGGAAAAAUAUUGUCAUCUAGUGAAAAAAUGGGACUACAACGUGCAAAUAUUUCUUUUUGUUUUCUAGUCAUUUUUUAUAUACAUUUAUUUGCCAAGUAUGGUCAUAUAUUUGCAACAAAAAAAAUCAUGAAAAUAUAUCAUGUUCUAUUAAUGUACUGGCAUGUCCUGAUGCACUAAAACUUGCAGAAAUGUGUUCGCUUUGGUUCAUUCAGCAUUUCAUGCUGGUGUUCUUCUGACAAUCUCUUAUUUCAAAAUUCAAAGAUAUUUAAAGUAACAUUUUUCUUGUACCUGUACUGUAAGAACAUCAACGGGAGACUUAAUUCCUUUCAUAUUUGACUACUUAUAAAGUGUAUAUUAAGUUUUAGUGAUCCCAUCUCCAGUGUAGACAUUUUCCCCUUCAGCAUUUAAAUACUUUGGGCUCUAUUUUCGUACACAGUUCACAUCCUUUCGGCCAUAAAACGCAGCGUAACUGAGUUUUCAUAACGGCACAAAGUUUGCCGCAUGUAUUUGGAAUUUGGCAAAUUGUUCUGUGCCAAGAUGGUGGUUGAAAGUCUGUCUUUCUUUUAAGCCACUGAAGUGGUUAUCUUAAGUGGUAGCACAAUCUCGACUGUUUAAGGGAUUUUGGUUGUGGAGGCUUCAGUAGACGCGCACUAUUCAUGGGCAUUCACACUGAUACGAGCGACCUUUAACUGUAACCAACCAAUUUCUUCUUCAGUCUUGUCUAGGAAGAAAUGUGCGCCAAGAGUGGCCUGCCUUUAAAGGGUAUGGGAAGGAGCCAGCUAAUUGGUGUGAAAGAGGUCUGAGGUGUUCAUGUGCCCUGCAGUGCGAAGCACUGUUUCAAAUUGACCUGCCUGUCUAUGAAAUGGACAAAUCCAGUCUGACACGAUUUCUGCUGGAACACAACAUGGACAUGAAAAUAGAGCCCUGAGUUAUGAAUUUGGUCUUUUUCCUCAAUUUACCAGUACUAAUGAGAAGUUCUCAGCUUAGUAAUUUGACUUGUAGUUCAUGUAGUGAAAGGAGCAAUUUCUCGUAUAUGUUGCAGCAAUUUUACAGUUGCAUACACAUUUUUGUUUUUAUAACACUCCCAUAGUAGAGUGAUGAUUGAAUAACAUGUCCUUGUACUGUAAAUAUCUGUAUCAUAUGAAUAUAUUUACUUUUUCCCAUGCAUGUCCAAGUUUAAUACUAUGAACAAACACAUAUAGUUUUGCUGCAUUUUUCUUAGAAAAAAAAAACAAAAACGUGAUUUUGUGAGUAUUGCAGCGUUUUUUUUGUUUUUGUUUUGUUUGUUUGUUUGCAAAACAACCUUUAUGUUCUCUCUCAUUGCAAAUCAUA